AGCGACUGAUCUUAUUGGUCAAGAUGUUAAAUGUAUCGCACUCCAACAUGUCACUCUCAGAGAAAGUGCCGUUUCUUGUCUAUGUGAACUAUGCAUAGUAAUUGUUUAACUGGUAUUUUUUUCUCAAAUUUUCAGAAUGUGAUUGCCAUAUUCGACAGCACGUACUUUUUACUUUAAUGAUUAUGCCUUAGGCUUGCGAUCAUUUGCAUUUUUCUGUAUAAAUAAUGGAUUUUAUGUUUAUUUUUUGUAUUCCUUGGAUUGUUCUGUCAAGUGUGCGGUGUCAGAAUUCUCUUAAGUAUUUGUAUGUAAUUUUCUGUGUGGUGCUGUUCUCCGUUUCUGUGAUCAGAGCAUCAAAUGAAAACGAAGUUCUCGCCGAGGAAUUUAUUUUGAAAUCUCAUAAAGUUAUCGAAGCUGUUCCCAAUGUGUUGCGGCGAGUUCAUUCAUCAACCAGUUCUGGAUUACCAGAAGACUGGGACUGUGCCUCUGUUGGAGCUUGUGAUGACAUUGCUGGAUACGAGGCAAUUCGUAGUCUCCAUCGACAGCUGGACGACGAUGCUAAUGGCAGCAUUGAUGUCUCCGAGACCGACGAGUUUUUACGAGACGAGCUUCAAUACGAAAAUGGUUAUGAACGCCACAAAGAGUUUCAUGGGAAUGACAAAUACAUAAAUGUAGAUGAGCUGUGGCAAGCAUGGAAGACAUCAGAAGUGCAUAAUUGGACCAUAGAUGAAACUGUAGAAUGGUUAAUAACACAAGUAGAUCUACCACAGUAUGAGCACAACUUUCGUAAUAAUGGUGUCACUGGAGCUUCUCUCCCACUUUUAGCUCAAAAUGCAAAUAAUUACAUCUCGCACAAUCUUGGAAUUAAAGAUUCUAUACAUAAGCAAAAAAUAGCUCUUAAAGCAAUGGAUGUUGUUCUCUUUGGAGUCCCAAAGUAUCGUAACUACUUUAAAGAUGUGAUACUUGUUUUGUCAUUGGUUAUUGCUGUGGGAGGCUGCUGGUUUGCUUACGUACAACAUAAACAUUCACAGACGCACAUGCAAAAAAUGAUGCAAGACAUGGAAGCUUUGCAAAAGGCUGAGGAUUCACUCCGUGAUUUGCAAAAAGAGUUGAACAAAGCUAGGCAGGAGCAAGAAAUUGUCAGCAUCGAGAAGCAAGAUCUUGAACGCAGAUUGCAAGAUGAAAUAACAACAGCAAAAAAAUACAAUGUGAAUGUGGCUAAUGAUGGAACAGAUUCUGGUGAUGUGGUGAAACUCUUAGAGCUUGAGAAACAGCUUAAGGUUGCUCGCAAUGAUCUAAGAGAAGCUGAAAAGAAGUUAGAAGCUAGGCAUUGGGUUGCACCACCUUCUUUGCAGCACUGGUUGCAGUUAACACAUGAAUUAGAGCUCCGUAGCUACAAUGCUAAAAAAGCUGUAGCAGAGCAGCAGUUGCAAGCUGCAAAAGAAGGGUGUGAAAAGUUAAGCAAGAAACGAGCUACUUUUAUGGGUGCUUUUAGAAUUGCUCAUGGAAGUUCUAUUGAUGAUGUGGAUGAUCGUAUUAUGAAAGCUAAGUCUGCCUUGUAUGAAGUAACUACAGAUCUUCAAGAGCGAAUGCAUAGAUGGAAGCAAAUUGAACUCCUCUGUGGUUUUCCCAUUAUCAUGAAUCCUGGGAUUGCUUGUUUAGAAAGCAUUUUAAAACCAGGUUUAGUUAAUGGCACAACAGGCAGCUCACAUCCUGCCCUUAAUACAUUAAGCCAAAGCAACAGUGAUACAACUCUUCGUGAGGAAAGCCCUCCUCCUUAUGCAGGGCUUGUUCCUACUUGUAUAAGUUCCACUAAAACAACCGAUAGCCGUAGCUUUAAAAGCAAAAGAUACUUGGUGCAUCGAGAUAGUGGUAUAUCCUUGACUUCUAGUGUCCCAAGUCCUGCGAAUAUUUCUUCUGCCGCAUCAAAAAAUGAUUUCUUUCCUGCUGAUCUUGGAGCAGUGAGCGAUGAGCACAUGAUGAAUUGUUUCAUCAGAAAAUUUUUUGUAUUGAAUAAAGGUGCUGUCUCCAACAUUCCUCCUCCAAGUUACUCCAAAUCCAGUCCUUCCUUUUUAAGGAAAAAUAUUGAAAUCCCUUCUUAUGCCACUUCUAGGGUUGUUUAUCCAAGGGAAUGUUAUCGGCCUUCUGAUAAUGUAUCUUCAUUUGAAACUGAUAAUGAAGAUUUUCAGAUUGCAGAGAUUGAUGAUGAUUCUACUGAAAGGAGUGUAACUCCCCCAUCUUUAGCUUCACUACCAGAAACUGGUCGUGCUGUAUUCACAUUGGCUGAUGGGACUAUUGCUGAAGGAUCACUGUCAAAAGGCAAGGAUAAUGUGUCUAUGAGUUCUGUGCAGUUAUCAGCUGAGCAAUCAAAUGGCAAGAUGGGAGACAUUGUGCGAAAAAUUAGUGCUGGUCUUUUAGAAAAGAAAAAGAAACCUGGUAGUUCAAUAGUUGAGGCACUCAAAAAGAGUUCCAGUUCCUCAAACAUUAUAGAUAACACUGAAGGGGCUGUCUCUUCAGAAUCAUCAUCCAGUGUUAUCACUGAGGACAAACACAAGAAAAAGAAAUUCUUUCCACAUCUUCGAAAUAGAAAAGCAAAAUCCUGAUUUUGUUUUCAGUCUUUAUAAAAGAAAUCCUUUAUGUGACUUUCCCAUAAAUGUGAAAAAAAGAAGAAACUUUUAUUGCAAUUACUGAAAAGGAACCAACUCACUGUUGCCAAAACUUAGAUAAAACUUUAUUCUCUAUAGUACUUUAAUAGUGUAUAAAAUAUCUGUAUCUCACAUUAGGUAUUUAAUAAAACUUUGUAAUUUGUAAUGUGAAGAAAAAUGUUUUUGGAUCCUAAUAUAAAUAAGAACAACUUUUCAAAUAAUUGUUGUAUUUCUAUGUGUGAGUUGGUUCAGUUUUGUUUCAAGCUUAUUUAAUUUUUUUUUUUUUUUUUUUUUUUUUUUAAAUUUUAUUUGUGCGAAAGAAAGAUUGCUUUCUUAAAUGGUGAAAGGGAGCGUGAGUUUACUGUAUGAAUGAACUUAUUUAUAAAUGAUGGUUAGUUUAGAUUAUAGAUAAUAAUUAAGGAAACAAAGCAUUAAAUUUGCUAGUUUUUUUAAUCAUUAUCAAUGCUGUGUAUUUAUUUCUGUGUUGAAACCAUAUAAUUCUGUUAUACUGAUUUGUAAGAUUGCUUUUUCUAAUUUAAACAUCCUGUGUAUUAUACAUAAAUUCAUGAAUGAAGACAAAAAGGACUGGAAACUUAAGACAUUGAUAUACUGAUAAGAGAUUAACAUUCCAUCUGAUGGAGAAGUGAUUAUAAUCCAUUAUAUGCAAUAAAUAGAUAUUUGAAUCAUUGUUUAAAUAUAUUUUUACAUGCUAUAUCUGAUUUAGUGUCAAGUGAAUGCUUUUCAUGCCAAAUGUUUUCUAAAUGUAAAUAUGGGAGAAGUUAUGUGUGAUAUGGUCACAUAUUUCAACAAAGCUCAAUAAUUAGAAAAUAUUACUAACACUUCUCAUGUAUAAUUUAAAGAAUUUAAACUUCUUAAUACUUAUAUUAUGUCAUGCAUAAUUUAUAUCUUUUUUUUAAUUAUGUUUAUUAAUUAUAAUUGACUUUUAAUAAUGUUUAAAAUUUUCAAGUAAAAGCAUAACAAAAUAACACUCAAUUUUAAACCUAUAAAAAAUUUUGAAAGCAAAAAUACGUCAUUUUUUCUUUGCAUUAAAAUUGUCUCAUUAUUUUCAUAUCUUGAAUUAUUGCUAACAGUAUUUUAAUGUUUAAAUUACUUUAAAAAAUAGUGCAGUUGAGAAGACAUAAUUUAAAAGUAAAAAAAAAAAAAAAAAAAAGAAUACUUCUCACUCUCAUAGGAGAAAAUAGUAAUGGAAAUUUCUUUUUUCAUUUUUUAGAAAUAAUAGCAAAGAAAUUUUUCCAGGAUUUCAAAUGUAUUUCUUUUUCUGAUAAUAUAGUUAAUAGUUCUAAAAGAAAAAUUAAAAUUUAUCGACAUUUUAAGUAGUUAUUCUAAGGAUUGUAAAAUUAAUAGAAAGCUGAAAAUUGAUCAAUAUUCUCAAUUUUGAAAAGCAUUUAGUUUUUUAAAAGUCUGAUUUUUAGAACAAGUUUUUGUAAUAAAAAUCUUCAUACAUUAUCUGUCUUUUUUAUUUAUUUAUUUUUAACUUUAAGUAAAGUACAAUCUAGGCAAACAAAGCAGUAAUUAAAAUUUGCUUGGUUUCUCAUUUUGGAGGUUGAUUAGAAUAAGUGAUUAACCUCCAAAUGACACUUAUGCUAAAUACCUCACUUCUGAACUUAGUUUGAAUUGUAAUAUGGAAGCUACUAUAAAUAAUCUGAAAAUCUUGCACUAAAUUUGUUUGUAUGCAUUCUCUUUAAAGAAAAGUUCAGUCUUUUUAGAAAUUAUAUAUUUUAUUAUAUAUGUUUAAAAAAAUUCAAUAAGUCGUCAAGUAAAUUUGUCAAAUUUAACAGCUGAUAUUAUUAGUUAUUGAUAAUUUUGAUUAAAUAGUCACUGUAAUAACUAACAUGAUCUAGUUUAAUAUAUUUUUAAUAAUGUGUUUAUUAUUGAGAGGAGUAUUGCUGUAUAUUUUUAACUUUCAAUUGUUCUUACCACCAUAUUGUAAAUGAAAAUUAUGCAAAUUAAAUCUAGUUCAUAUGGGUAAUUUGAAAAACUAUUUCACACCUUUAAUUAAUUAUCUCCAGUAUCAUCUCCUAAAGAUGCAAUAAAAGGAAUGAUCUACUAGAAGUUUUUUCAAAAACUUUCAGUUUAAAAUUGCAUAAAAAUAAAAUCAUACAAAAUUAUUCAUGUUACCAUUGCAGAAUUUGAAUUAAUUAAUAUACAUUCUAUUAAUAUUUGAAGGGGAUUAAUUAAUUAAUAUUUGAAUAAGCUCUUAAUCAAAGUAGUUAAAACUCAUUUUGACUACUCAGAAAGGUUGUUUGGAAAAGAAGCUAUUCUUAAAACUCAAAAUUUCAUUGCCACAAAUUAAAAUACUUAGUCAAUGUUAUUAAUGAUUCUGACAAAUAUUAAAUUUUCCAAAUUUGUUUUAUUAUCGCUCAGUUGAGCAAAAUUAACUAAGUAAUGUAUAGGAAUAAAUAGUGAAUUCUUUUUAAGUGUAAAAUCAAGAACUCUUUUAUAUAGGAAGUAAAGCUAAGGAGUCAUGCUAAAAAAGGUCAGUACUUUUAAUUUUUAUGAUACAUUAAAUUGCAGUAACAGAACUACUGUAAUAUAUAGCGAGACCUCUAAGAAGAUCACCUGUGUUUCCAGACAUUUUGAUCUUCUAUGAAAGUGGUAUUCUUUAGAACAUGAUUAUCAAUGAUGUUUAAUAUUGCUAUUUAAUUAUGUUUUCAGCAUUAUUGGUCUUCAUCUUUAAAUAUUAAAUGAAAAACUAUGCAUAUUCCAAUAUAAUAAGAUAAAUUAGUAUACAUUUACUUAAUGGGAUAAAAAAAAGCAAGAAUUAUAAUUUAUUCAAUAAUGAAAAGCUGCCUCAUAUGAAAAAAGCAAAUAUUGAGCAAAAAUAGGAAAUUAAUCCUGAAAUCAAAAGCAAAUUGAAUUAAUAUCUCUUUUGGUCUUCUUAUUUUUAAAUUUAAUGAGUAAUGUGUUUUCUAUCGGGAAAAUAGGAAGUGGAUAUGAGCAAAAUCACGUAUCUGAUAAUGAGAAUUUUUUUAUCAGAUAAUUCUGGUUUUGUUACUGGUACUUCAUUCAUUUUUAUAAACUAGAAGAAAUAUAGAUGUUAAUAUGGUACAUACAGACUUAUUCUUUAUUAAAUAAAUUGAGGGAUUUUAUUUUUAAUAUUGAAUUAUGUUCCUGCAGUUAAUUACUUUUGAGGUGAUAUCGAAAAAGCUUUUCACUAUAUAUAAAUAUUUAAAAAAAUCUGCUAAUAGGACAAUUAAAAAAAUGUUUUAAAUUAUGUACCAUAUUUACUCACAUAUUUUCUUUCCUGGUAUCAUUUUACUAGCUUGAUAGUUGCCAGUAGUUGAAUACUUUUUAUUUGUUAUUUUGUACUGUACAUAACAAAUGCUGAAGCAUUUGUGAAUAAAUUGCUAGUAAUUAUCAAGCUGGCAGAAAGAGGUGAAAGUACGUGAGUGUAUAAAGAUAAAGCAAAGUCUAAUUUAAUAAGCAGUUUAUAGUUUUUUGGGGGUAGGGGGGACUACAUGAACUGUAAAUUAAAGUGAGAAUAAAUAUAGAUUCAGAAUCAUGUUCCCUGAAUUCCAGACUUCAGCCUCAGUAUAAAUAAAUUGAAAUAAAAGUACAGUUGUAUGUGUUGAAAAAAAAAAUUGCUUUAGAGUAUAAACUUGAAUUGGGGGGGGGGUUAAAAAGAAGAAUAUUAGCAGUAUAUUGUAAUUGAAUAUGUCAUUAUCAUUUUGUGUGCAUGAAUUACGGUUAAAGAAAAAUUUGAAUUUAAUGCUCAUUUAAUAUAUAGUGUAGAUAUAAAAUUUAAAAUGACAGUUUUUCUCAUGUGGUUUAUUCUUACAUUAUGCUUAUGAGAAUUUUUAUCUUUUGUUGUCUUUUCCUAUGGCAUUAACUAAAAAUGAAUAAAAUUAUCAUAUCUGAUAAUUAUUUGAAACAAGUGGUGAUUGAUAUUAAUUAAAAUAGUUUAGUAAAUUACUGGAAAGUCAUUUAUGUUUAUAUUGGAUUUUCUUUUAAUCAAGUACAUAUGAUGGUAAUCUCUAACAUUAUAUGCUCCCUUUUUUAAGUAAGUUGAUAAUAAUAGAGUGUAAUAUUUAUCAGAAUUGAUAGACAUUGUUGUUGCCUUUAAAAUAAAUUUUGUUGAUAUAAAUAUUUUUUAAAAAAUCUUUCAGCAAUAAAAUUUUGAGAUGUAUUUCCUAGAUGUAUUUUUACAUUUUAUAAGAGCGUUGCCUUAAGCCUACUUCUUAAUGAAUUGCUUUGUGAUUCAGUCUACAUUCAUAUUAAGUACAGAAUUACACACAUUUUAAAUGUAGUUAUUUUGACCAAGCUUUUACAGUGCCAAUAUUAUGGUUUUAUUAAGUAUUAGGAAUGGUAUUUCAGUAUGAUCUCAAAUGUUGAAUGGUGUUAUUUUGCUGUGACCAGUACAAUUAAUUAUAAUAAAUAUUUUUUAUAUAUGUGUUUACUUUUCCCGCAUUGGUGUUUUAUCAUUUUGAUUUUAAUUACCAAUUAAAUGUGGUUAUCCAUUCAGUUAAAAUUUCAUGCUGAUGUUUCCCACUUUUCUUUCUUAUCUGAAACUCGUAUAGAAUCAGCAUAUUUAGACUUCUACUUUAUAAAUAAAAUAUAAAUUAUAUUUUAAUUUAUUAAUAAAAAUAUAAAUUAUAUUUUAGUUUAAUAAGUAUUUCUUUUUGUUUGUAUAGAAUGCUUGUCUAUGUAUAGAAAAUUUGUGUGAAGAUUCUCAGAAAAAAAAAUCUGUCUUUGCAGUUGAAUAUGUACACAAUGUCUUAUUUAAAUUUGUAUUUCUCAUUAUCAUGUUUUAAGUCUCAUAUAUUUCUCUCAUCAUGUUGAUGACUAGUAAUGAAUAUCAUAAAACUUACGAAACUGGAAGUCCAUAUUAUAUUGACUAUCAAUGAUAAUCUUGAAAAUUAAGUAUAUUACCUCUCCCCUGUUCUCUUUUUCUUUAUUAAAAAUUGGUUGAUUAUUAUCAAGAAUCAAAUUUUAAUAGAAAUCUUUCAGCUUUUAUAAAUGUAAACUAUGCAAUACAAUUAUAUAUUUUUAAUACCUAUAGUUCAAAAUUUACCUUAUUUUUUUAUUAAAAUACCUGCAUUAUUUUUAGAAAUGUAUGUAUAUGUUAUGUACAUAGCUUAGACAUUUUUUCCUCUCAAUGUAUAAAAUCUACAUUCUGAUACCUUGAAAUUUUUCAGUAAUGAAAGAUUUUGUAAAAUAACAAAAUAUCAAUCAAAAUGUAUAAGCAUUGAUCCUAGUUUUCUCAGCAUUGUAACCAUCUGUUUGUUCACAAAGUUACUUAUUCCUGAUGUUUUAAUGUUGAAUAUAUCAAAUAAGUUAAUGUGGUGUAAAUGAUAAACUCAUAUUUAUAUGUUGCUGUUAAUAAUGAUAUCUUUAAUAGCGAAAUCAUAAUAACUCUGUUAUUAGUAGAUGAAUGUAUCAAAAAUAUGUUUCAGGUACUCAUAUUUGAAAAUUUAACUAAAUUUAAAGCAAAUUUAGAAUGCUGCAGCUAUCUUGUUAUAUUAGAUGAUGAAAAACAAGCCAUUUGCUCUUUUUUUUUUUUUUUUUUUUUUUUUUUUUUUUUUUAAGACUUACAAUCAGAGUACUCUUAUAUGUGAAAAUGUCAUUUCGUGUAGGAUAGAAUUUAAAAUAAAAGUGCCAUUUGUCAUGUAAUUUUCAUGUUGAGAUUCUCAUGAAUCUAAUAUACUUGUUGUUUUAAUAAAAAUAUAAUCCAUUUUCAAUCCCAGAAGUCUUUCCACUGUUUGUAUAAUAGAAGAGGUAUUUAUGAUAAAUGUAGGGAGAAAAAAAAAAAAAAUUGUUACACCUUUGAACAAGUGUAUAUAAGGCUGUGUAUUUUGAUGAAAAAAGUCAAAUAAAAAAAGUGCAUGACAAA